CAUCAUUUAAACACUCUGCAUCAACAACAGGCUGCUGCAUUUCAUACAACGCACAGGGUUGCAUAUGGUAGUUUUGACACCAAUGCAAAUUCGUUCAGCAGUAAUGCAGCCACGGAUGAUGCCACAGGUAACGAUGGUGCAGCAAUGCAAACAAGUUUACAAACUGCCACCACCACCAGCAGCAGCAGCGAAAGUAGCAGCAAUAGCAGCUCCAGUGGAGCUACUACCACAAAUACAACACCAACCAAUGUUGUAGCAGGGGCUGCUUCAUCAACCUCACCAUUGUCAUUGGAUGCCCCUUGCAGCGGGGGCGGUGGUGGUGGAGCUGCAGGUUAUAGUGCUGGUGGCAUUGGCGUUAAUUAUGGUACAACAUUUUUUGGCAAUGACUACCAUCAAUUAACCCAAUCAGCAUUAAUGGCCAAUACAUCGCAAUAUGCGGCAGCAGCAGCCGUCUCAUCGGCUGCCGCUAUGCAGGCCUCUAGUACAGCGAUGUUAACGAAUUAUUGUGAUGCUGCCAUGAUGAUGGCUGCGGCAGCCGUUAAUGCCAAUCAGUGUUUGCAACAGCAACAACAGCGUAUCGCUCUAAUGGCCAAUUGUCAGAGUGCCAUAGACGAACAUGAGUUUGUGGCAGCAACAAGUUACGGCCCCAAAGAUGUGGUUAUGAUGCCCACGAAUGUUGUCUCUUCGGCCGCAGCAGCCGCCGCUUUGGUAUCUUCAGGCCUGUCAUCGGCCUCUUCAUCCACUUCGAUCACAUCGGCAACCUCAUCGCUGCUGUCAACAACCACUUCAUCAACCACAGGCGGCAACGGCUUGGUGGGCAGCGUCCAACCUUCAACGCCAAGGGAGCUAAAUGCAAGCGAAAGGCAUAGCAAUGGCAUCGAAACAAAGGCUUCCCCAAGUCCGCAUGCAAGCACCCCCAACAACAUUGUCUCAUCCACAGCUGUAAGUAUUAAAGCUAAGGAAGAGUUGAGCGGCGACAUUGGCCCUGAAACGCCACCAAAUUUUAUCGAUAUCAGUGAAGUUCCUCUUAUAGUGGAUGUCAAGUAGUGUAAUUAAAAAAAAACAACAAAAUCAAA